AUGGAGGUGCAAGUUGGAAGAUUAGAAGAGGUCUCGUCCGAGGAGGUCCAUCGCCACCCGCUCCUGUAUUCGCAUCAUUUCUAUUCGGGCCCCCUGCGCGGCAUCUUCUCGACCCUUCAGCGCCGGCACCUCUUGAGGGAUGUUCAGACUCUCGUGCUUGACGGGUUGUCGGUGACGGCCGAUCUCUGCCACGAGCUUCUCAACGAUCCCAAAUUCAACGUGCGCAUCCUCUCCCUUCGGGGCGCGAAGAACCUCAACGAGCGGAGCCUUCGGAAGGCGCUGAAAUAUGCGUGCCGGCCAUCACGCCCGGCGAACUCCCCGAGGCUGCGCGGCCUUUACAUCUUCACCAGCAAGCCGACUGAGUCCCAGAUCGGGGAAGAAGUCGGCGCGAGCGGCGACCUGUGGUAUGUCCGAAAGGGCAGGGUUAUCGAUCAGGAACUGUCGUCGGAAUGGGCCGAAACGCUCAUCGACUGCCAGGGCGUCAUCUCCUUUGACGCCCCGCUCUGCACCGCACCCUGCCACAUGAAUUCCCCGCGUAUGGUAGCGUCCCUACCCAACCGGGUUCGCAGUGGACCGUUGCCUCGCCUUCACGCUCUCGACGAAUCCCAAGCUUCUGAAAAAAGUUUCAACGGAGCUGUUUUGAGUGCGGUUUCAACUUGCAUCGGCCGAACCCAGAAGACCUGCACCGGUUGCGGCGGAGGUUACUGUAUUGUUCAUCAUGAGGGCUCUAGCCCAACUCUUUGCGAUUGGUGUUCGCAGCGCCGACGCCAGAUGGUCACCGCGCAGAACGCUCCUCCGCGAGCGAUCCCCCAGCACCCGCAGCAGAUGCCCGGCUGCAAAACCAAGAGCAAGCAAGCCUGGCUUACGUGGAUGCGCAACCAAAAUUCGAUUGGUGAGCGCCGCGCGCGAGAACGAACCUUUCCCAGAGACGGACUUAGGUGCCUUGCCGCCCGGAGCUAG